UUGAUAUGAUUUUGCUUUAUUAACUUGUAGACUAGCCAUGGCGAUGUUCAGCGCCAGUGCGAAGAUCAUCAAGCCAGCAGGCGAGAAGCCUGAUGAGUUUGAGGCCUCCAUCUCUCAGGCUCUUCUUGAGCUGGAGAUGAACUCUGACCUGAAGGCACAGCUCAGAGAACUGAACAUCACAGCUGCUAAGGAGGUUGAAGUUGGAUCCAGCAGGAAGGCCAUCAUCAUCUUUGUGCCAGUGCCGCAGCUGAAGGCCUUCCAGAAGGUGCAGGUGCGCCUUGUCCGGGAACUGGAGAAGAAGUUCAGUGGCAAGCAUGUUGUCUUCAUCGCACAGAGGCGCAUUUUGCCAAAGCCCACGAGAAAGACAAGGACAAAGAACAAGCAGAAGCGCCCUCGCAGCCGCACCCUGACUUCUGUGCAUGACAACAUACUUGAGGAUCUGGUGUUCCCUAGCGAGAUUGUUGGGAAGCGCAUCAGGAUCAAGCUGGACGGAGCCCGUUUCAUCAAGGUGCACCUUGACAAGGCCCAGCAGAACAAUGUCGAACACAAGGUGGAAACCUACAGUGCAGUGUACAAGAAGCUGACUGGCAAAGAUGUGACAUUUGAAUUCCCUGAGUACCAGCUGUUCUAAAUGGGCAGGAAAAUAUACUGAAAAGCUAUCCUGAA